AUGGCAAACCAGUAUGAGCGUGAGCAUGAAAACGGCGUCGCGAAUGACCACACGAUCGUUCCUUCGCCAGCUCCGGCGGAUCUUCCAGCUUACACCAACGAGAAGGACAGCCCAUCACUCUCGUUCAAUGGCAAAGGGAAAGAUAUCGAUUCCACCGAUAGGGAUUUGGGUCUCGAGCCGACAACCUCGACCGAGGAGGGCGAGGAAGGCGAGGGGGGGGGAACAAUACGCCGUUACUAUAACAGAUACGGGAUCUUCGUCCACCUCUUCUGUGGGAUGGUCAUGACUGGGUGGUGGAUCGCCGGCCUUGUGCUUCAUCGCGAUGACAUUGGAUGGCUCAAGCCGUUCCUGCUUUGGCUUGCCAUCACCAUUCGUCUUGUGACAUUUCACAUCUCUACGAAGUAUAUCACCAAGCCAAUUGCCUUUGUCUGGGUUCGGGCCGUCAAGAGACCUUCGGAGAUGAUUCCACAAAAGCUGCGAAUCCCUCUUGCAGCAGCUGGUACAAUCGCCGUAAUUAUAGUCGGCACCUUCGUCAGCGAGGAAACCGCAGACAACACAAGGCCGAACAGGGCAGUCAGUCUCUUUGGACUCCUCGUCUUCAUCGGUGCAUUUUACGUAACUUCGAGAAACCGAAAGGCUGUCAAUUGGCAAACGGUUAUCGUGGGAAUGCUGGCCCAAUUCAUUCUAGCCCUAUUCGUUCUGCGCACUAAAGCUGGUUAUGAUAUCUUCAACUUCAUUGCAGAGCUUGCUACCGACCUGCUUGGAUUUGCUGCCAAAGGAACGCUAUUCCUCACGGGUCAGAAAGCUUUGGAUAGCAAAUGGUUUUUAGUCGGGGUCAUUCCUCCGAUCAUCUUCUUCGUUGCCUUUGUGCAACUUCUAUAUUAUUGGGGUUGGUUGCAAUGGAGUAUCAAAAAGUUCGCCACCAUCUUCUUCUAUACCAUGGGAGUAUCAGGCGCCGAGGCGGUUGUUGCUGCUGCUUCUCCUUUCGUCGGCCAGGGCGAGUCGGCAAUGCUGAUCAAGCCAUUCAUACCUCAUCUCACGGAUGCGGAAUUGCAUCAAAUUAUGACAUCUGGGUUUGCGACAAUUGCAGGCAGUGUUCUUGCUGCUUAUAUUGCUAUGGGUAUCAGCCCAUUGGCACUGGUUUCAUCCUGUGUCAUGAGCAUUCCUGCCUCGCUGGCUAUAUCUAAACUACGCUGGCCCGAAACAGAGGAGUCCCUUACGGCUGGCCAGAUCGUUAUUCCAGCAAGCGAUGAAGAGAGGCCGACCAACUCCUUGCACGCAUUUGCAAAUGGGUCUUGGUUAGGCAUCAAGAUUGCUGGUAUGAUCGUUGCUGGUUUGUUGUGUAUUCUUGCUUUGAUCGGCCUUGUCAACGGUAUCCUCAAUUGGUGGGGUAAUUACUUGAACAUCCCCAGCUUGAGUGUUGAACUCAUCCUUGGAUACCUAUUCUACCCAGUUGCAUUUCUACUCGGUGUGGAGCGGAACGGGGAUCUGCUGAAAGUCGCAAAGUUGAUUGGGACCAAGGUAGUAACCAACGAAUUUGUAGCAUUCAACUCCCUUGCUACAGACAAAGAUUAUGCUGAUCUAUCGGACCGCUCUCGUCUCAUCGCCACGUACGCCGUCUGUGGGUUUGGCAACAUCAGCUCCGUCGGUAUCCAGAUUGGUGUGCUAUCUCAACUUGCCCCUGGCCGCAGCGGCAGAGUUGCUAAAGUUGCUAUGUCUGCCCUUAUAUCCGGCGUCAUUGCUACUUUAACUAGUGCAAGCAUUGCCGGUAUGCUGGUUGCGGACCAGAGUGUCUAUACCAAAGUCACCAUCGCUCCGAGCCCAUAA